AAUUUUGUUUUGUUUAGUAGUUUGACAACCUUUCGCGAAACAUUUUUUGAUUUUUUUUUCACGAUUAAAAACAAAAACCUUUAAUUGUAUGUGAAAAGGUUAAUUAAGGCACAUUGUAAACAUGAACAGCCUCAAUAUACCCACGGAUUUUGGUCCAGAUUCGGGUGGACGUGUAAAAGGUUUGGUAAUAGUUAAGCCUAUUGUAUAUGGAAAUAUUGCAAGAUCCUUUGGCAAAAAGAACGAAGAUGGACAUACACAUCAGUGGAAAGUAUAUGUAAAACCGUAUCACAAUGAAGAUAUGUCUGUUUAUGUAAAAAAGGUGCACUUUAAAUUACACGAAAGUUAUGCCAAUCCAAAUAGAAUUGUAACGAAGCCACCAUAUGAAAUUACCGAAACCGGUUGGGGUGAAUUUGAAGUAGUCAUCAAAAUAUAUUUCCACGAUCCGACCGAAAGGCCGGUAACUUGUUACCAUAUAUUGAAACUCUUCCAAAGUCCAGUGGUUGAUGGAGAGCUAUCAAGUACAAAUUUGGACAAUACUAAACGAAUGGGUGCCGCUAAUGUUCAUUUGGUAUCCGAGUCCUAUGAGGAAAUCGUUUUCCAAGAGCCCACACAGUUAAUGCAGCAUUUUCUCAUGAAUGUACAGCCGCUAACGAGUGGAUCAUACACCCAUGAUACCGAUUUUGAAACGAAAAAAGAGAAGACAUUGGAAAACAUUAUUGAUGUAAAAGGAAAAGUAAAAAGUGAAAUAAACUCACUGAAGGACAAAUUAAAAUUAGCACGAGAGACAAUAGCUAAGUUCAAAGCUGAACUUGCUAAAAUACAAAAGCCACCCACUUCAUAAAUAUACAAGUUAAGCUUUCAUAAAACAAAAUAUGGAACCCUAUGCAAUAUGCAAUUUUCUUGAACUUUAAAGAACUGAAAGUAAACUUAUGAAUAAAAA